AUGAACGCACGUUCAGGACUUCGCUUGGGCGCACGGGCGCUCCGCGCUUCAACACCACGAGCCCCAGUCGCGCGUCCAUUCUCAACAACUAUCCCGCAAUACGACCAAGGAAAACACACACAUUUCGGCUAUGAGACGAUCCCGGAAGCAGAGAAGCAGGGUCGUGUCGCGGGGGUCUUUACAAACGUCGCCGAGUCGUACGACAAGAUGAACGACCUCAUGUCACUAGGAGUGCAUCGGCUGUGGAAAGACUACUUUGUGUCGACAUUGAACCCCGGCGCGACCACACCACUCGGCCAGCCCCAGAAGAUCCUCGAUGUUGCAGGCGGCACGGGCGACAUUGCCUUUCGCAUGCUACACAACGCGCACGUCCUGAACGGCAACCCGAACAUUGAGCUCACCAUCUCCGACAUCAACCCAGCCAUGCUCGAAGUCGGCCGCCAGCGCUCCCUCGCCCUCCCCGCCGAGCAGCAAAGCUGCAUCUCCUUCCUCGAGGCCAACGCCGAGACGCUGCCGAGCUCGAUCCAAGACAACUCCCUCGACCUCUACACCGUGGCCUUUGGCAUCCGCAACUUUACCAACAUGCGUGCUGCGCUCAAGGAAGCCCACCGUGUGCUGAAACCCGGCGGUAUCUUUGCCUGUCUCGAGUUCAGCAAGGUGGACCGCUUCCCGCUGUUCAACGCCGUCUACAAGCAGUGGUCGUUCAGCGCGAUCCCUCUGAUCGGGCAGUUGGUCGCUGGUGACCGCGACAGCUACCAGUACCUCGUCGAGAGCAUCGAGCGGUUCCCGACCCAGGUCGAGUUUCGGGACAUGAUUGUGGAGGCUGGAUUUGACGUGGCGGGCGAGGGAUACGAGAACCUCACAGGCGGUAUUGCUGCCAUCCACCGUGGCAUCAAGCCUUUGCGGUAG